AUAACAUUACAGCGUACAUGCGACACCGCUCUGGAUUGCAUCCUUCAUGUUCAUUCAUUGCUUCUGCUUGCUGAGCCUUUAAACCUUGAAGCCUGCUACUCUUCUGCUAUCAAUUUCAAAAAUUCUGCAAUUUACUUAGCUUUUAGCCCGACAAAUCCAAUCUUUUCUCAAUGCAAACGUCACAGAUGGACAUCGACUUGAGCAGGAGGAAUAAGAAGCCCCGACCUUUAUUGGAAUCUGAAAGAGAGAAACUAGAAGAAUUCAUUGACUCCAUCCACUACUCCGCAAGAUAUUCCGAUGACCAAUUCGAAUACCGACAUGUCCAACUUCCCAAGAAUAUGUUAAAGAAAAUCCCGGCCGACUACUUUGAUAACUCCAAGGGGACAUUGAAGUUGCUUUGGGAAGAAGAAUGGCGGGCUCUGGGUAUUACACAGAGCUUGGGUUGGGAACAUUAUGAAGUCCAUGAGCCAGAACCUCACAUACUUUUAUUCAAACGUCCUCUCAACUAUCAACCUCCAAUUCUACAGUAAUGGGUAAUCGUUCAAAUUUAAUUGCAUCCAUUUGGCGUUUCACUUUAUUGUGCGAGUACAGUUUUGACUUGUAUCUUUUCCCACCUGCUUUCACUCCUACAAUCACACUCCCACU